AUGGAGGAACUCUGUCAGCAAAUUUCGUCCCUUACAAAAGCAGUCAAGGGUCUACAAGAAGGUUACUUUCAGCUGGAAGGACACCUGGAGGCUCUGGCACACACUCCAGCGGCCGGAGCCGCUCCACCUCUCGGUCCCGCACCUGUUGUCAAAGCACCAACCCCUGCAGUCUCAACUCCUGCACCAGAACCUCAGAUCCCCACUCCUGAACGUUUCUUUGGAGAUUGCACUCUGCUGUUGUACUCCAUGGCCAGUUUCAAAGGAUUGAGAAUCUUCGCUAUACUCAUGAUGAUAGUGAUUAUAUCAUAUAUUGGAAGAAUUUCUUUUAAAUAUAAAGACCAUUACAUCCCGAAAUUCCUCAUUCACAAUUACUUAGUAAGUAAUGGAAUGUUCAGUUUGUCAGAAAAGGAAACCUCCGAUCCUUUCAGUGCAAACACAAUCCUAAGAAAAGGAAAUGGAAUCCUAUUUGUGGAGACCACGGACAGAAUGGAGCCACCGUCCCUGGUGUUGUGUGCUAUUGAAUCAGCUGCCCGAGUCUACCCCGACAGACCGGUGGCCUUCUUCAUGAAAGGACUGGAGGACAUCAUCACAGAAGAAGACGAGAAGAGAGCCAAAGAACGAUUUCCAUCCCUUUCACCUUUCGGCAACGUUUACCUCUUCCCUCUCAGAAUGGACCAAUUGUUUAAUAACACGCCGAUUAAGUCUUGGUUUGAUAAGGUAGACCCUAAAAAAGAAAUCUACUGGACCCAUGUUAGCGCAGAUGCCUGUAGGCUUGCCAUGAUAUGGAAGUACGGCGGCAUUUACAUGGAUACCGAUGUCAUCUCCCUUCGUCCAAUACCCGAGGACCAUUUUCUAGCAACUGAAGGUUUCACAGCUACUAGUAACGGUGUUUUUGGCCUCUCCUCACAUUACCAGUUGGCAUGGCAGUUUAUGGAGAACUUAGUUGAGAACUACAGGGGAGAAAUAUGGGGACACCAAGGGCCAGGGGUUUUUACACGUGUUGUAAAAAAAUUGUGUAGCUGGCCAGUUUUUAACUCUACGGAUGAUGUCAUGUGUUCAAACAUAAGUUAUUUUCACCCUCAACGUUUCUAUCCCAUCCCGUAUCCAUCAUGGAGACGGUACUAUGAAGUCUGGCAGAAUUUGCCAAAUUUUAAUAACUCCUAUGGCUUACAUCUUUGGAAUUACAUGAAUAACAAAGGUAUAUCUAUGGUACCUGGAAGCAACACAUUGGUGGAACAUAUCUACCAAAAAUACUGCCCUACCACCUAUGAAUAUGUCUUGGGAAAACUCACUAAUUCAAGGAGAAACUUUACAAAUAUCUUUAGACAACAAUAG